UUCAGACAAUAAGCAUAAAUAGGAUUAUUCUGCUUAUUACAGGAGUAAAAACUGUGCCACAGAUAUUACCUCUGCUGCACGGCAUAGUCGAAACCGACCGCAUCCAUUUCUCAAGGGAAAAUAUUUUGUUUGUUUGUUUGUUUUUAGAACACAAUGAAGCUUGUUAGGUUUAUCAUGAAGAAUGCCGUUUUGGCAAAUGUGCCUAAACAUAUCGAUCACUUUUCAAAAUUCUCACCUUCACCGUUAUCGAUGAAGCAGUUCCUGGAUUUCGGUUCUACAAACGCCUGCGAAAAGACAUCGUUCGCUUUCCUCAGACAGGAGCUCCCGGUGAGACUGUCGAACACCUUGAAGGAGAUCAACCUUUUACCAGACAAGUUACUCGGGACGCCCUCUGUUCAACUUGUGCAAAGCUGGUACGUUCAAAGCUUGAUAGAACUCCUUGAAUACUUAGGCAAGAGACCGGAUGACCAAAAAGUUCUACAGGAGUUUGUGGAGGCUCUGGUAAUCAUCAGGAACAGGCACAAUGAUGUGGUCGCCACCAUGGCUCAGGGUGUAAUGGAGUACAAGGAUGCAUUUGGGCAGGACCCCGUCACCAGCCAGAAUAUCCAGUACUUCCUUGACCGCUUCUACAUGAGUCGCAUAUCCAUUCGUAUGCUAAUCAACCAGCACACCCUGAUUUUUGACCAUGCCUCCCAGCCCACACACCCCAGCACUAUUGGUUGCAUUGACCCCCAUUGUGAUGUCACUGAGGUCAUCCGAGAUGCCUAUGAAUGUGCUAAAAUGCUGUGUGAGCAGUACUAUUUGGGAUCCCCAGAGCUGGAGCUCAGGGAGAUCAAUGCAAAUGACAAGUCCCAACCUAUCCAUAUCUCCUAUGUGCCUUCUCAUCUGUACCACUUGCUCUUUGAGCUCUUUAAGAAUUCUAUGAGGGCCACCAUUGAGAACCAUGAAGCCAGCAGCACUUUACCACCAAUCAAGGUUAUGGUGGCACUUGGUAGAGAAGACCUGUCAAUCAAGAUGAGCGAUAGGGGUGGUGGUGUUCCUUUCAGGAAAAUUGACCGGCUCUUUAGCUACACGUACUCUACCGCGCCCACACCCACAAUGAGCGACCAACAUCGUGCUCCACUGGCUGGCUUUGGCUAUGGUCUGCCUAUCUCUCGUCUUUAUGCUCGCUAUUUCCAAGGUGACCUACAUCUCUACCCAAUGGAGGACUAUGGCACUGAUGCUGUCAUUCACAUGAAGGCUCUGUCCACAGACUCUGUGGAGAAGCUUCCUGUGUUCAAUAAAACCGCCCUACGCCACUACAAAGUCAAUCAGGAAGCAGAUGACUGGUGUGUACCAAGUAAAGAACCUCUGAACUUGUCUAGCUAUAGGGUUGCUAAACAAAACUCUGGUCUUAACUACUGCAGCAGCAAAGCAGAGGCUUUGAUCUGAGUGUUCCUGCUGGGGCCUACUAUAACACUGACUGAACCUCUAGUGGGUUGUGAGGAACCAACCAAACCUUCUGGACAAGAUCUUCUGGCCACCUCAGCAGAGAAUGUAUGCAGUUCCUGCAUAAGCAAAUAGGACCACUUGCAGCUUCUCCCAGCGUCCUGUAGGCCAGUGGGACUGAAUCACUGUCCAUAUCAGAAAGACCAAACUAUGGUUAAUGAGUGGUGGAACAACUCAGGUUUGUGUCUUCUAGUAAGACAUCACCCUGCAGAGGUCUGACCCAGGUAAGAAGGUAUGACUAUGAACCCUGUACUGUAUGAGAAGGUUUUAUCUGAGUGAGAAGACAGGGAUCCACAUGGAGAAUGUACCCAAGUGAAGCUGAAGAGAUAUAAACCAUAAGUGGUUGAAAAGCCAUUGCGAAGAAGAAAAGCAAAGAGCAUGAAGUGGUGAAGUGGUGUACUACAAUGAUGUUAGUUCACCCCGAAGUAAUUUCGCCCCAAACUGUAAUCUAAGCAGUCUUCUGUUCUGCAAUCACAUUUGCAGCAAUUUCAUGUUGUUGAUUGUUGAUUAUUUCAAACGGUGCUGUGCCACAUAUAUGACAAUGAAUAUUAAAGAAUCAAAAUAUUU